AUGGGCAACUUCCGCCUCCUGGUCCUGGUCUCUCACCUGCUAGGCCAAGUCAUCCGAAUCAAACCAGACCUCGAAGCCUCGCCCGCAGCGCACCACGAGACCGUGCAGCAAUUACACCGCACCAUCGCCGCGCUCGAAAACGUCAUCGAGGAAGAAGCCCAGGUGCAAAUCAUGCUAGUCAGCGGCGCGCGUAGCUUGCUGAACAGCACAAGAAUCCUCCUCGCCUCCAGCUCCACCCCCUCAAUCCCAACAACAGACUCUCGAAGCGUCACCGCAGCAGCAGCAACCCUCUUCCUAACCCGCAGCCGCGCCUUCCUCUCCCGCCAACAACCCCCCAACGUCGACCUCGCCUCCCCCUUCCUGCUGUCCUGGGGCCACAGCGCGCUCGACCACUUCUACCAGGCUUACGCACGGAGUGGAAGAGAGGAGGACCGGUGCGCGAUUGAGGAUUUGGAGGAGACGUUUCAUUGUGUGGAGAGGAGGUGGAGGUUGGCUGGUGUUUAUACUGAGAUUAUCUUUCGGCGGUAUGUUCAGUGA